AUGUCCUCCAAUCGUGUUCUAGACUUGUUUAAGCCCUUUGAAUCUUUCCUGCCGGAAGUGAUUGCUCCAGAAAGGAAGGUUCCAUACAACCAGAAACUCAUCUGGACAGGCGUUUCGCUACUGAUCUUUUUAAUCCUGGGCCAGAUCCCGCUGUACGGGAUCGUGUCCAGUGAGACUUCCGAUCCGCUAUACUGGUUACGUGCCAUGUUGGCCUCAAACCGUGGUACUCUACUGGAAUUGGGUGUCUCGCCCAUCAUCACUUCGUCCAUGAUUUUCCAAUUUUUGCAAGGUACUCAGCUUUUACAAAUCAGACCUGAGAACAAGCAGGACAGGGAGCUGUUCCAAAUUGCUCAAAAGGUGUGUGCUAUCAUCCUGAUCUUAGGCCAAGCCCUUGUGGUCGUCAUGACGGGUAACUAUGGUGCUCCUUCGGACCUUGGACUGCCCAUCUGUUUGUUGUUAAUCUUCCAAUUGAUGUUUGCAUCUCUGAUUGUGAUGUUAUUGGACGAGUUACUAUCCAAGGGCUACGGUUUGGGUUCCGGUAUUUCUCUGUUCACAGCCACCAACAUUGCCGAACAAAUUUUCUGGAGAGCUUUUGCUCCCACCACAGUCAAUUCCGGACGUGGUAAGGAGUUCGAAGGUGCCAUCAUUGCAUUUUUCCAUCUUUUAGCCGUCAGAAAGGACAAGAAAAGAGCCCUUGUCGAGGCCUUUUACCGUACCAAUUUACCUAAUAUGUUCCAAGUUUUGAUGACCGUAGCCAUCUUCCUCUUCGUUUUGUAUUUGCAAGGUUUCCGUUACGAAUUGCCCAUAAGAUCCACUAAAGUGAGAGGCCAAAUUGGUAUCUACCCAAUCAAACUCUUUUACACUUCCAACACCCCAAUCAUGUUACAAAGUGCCUUGACCUCCAAUAUUUUCUUGAUCUCUCAAAUUCUUUUUCAAAAAUACCCAACCAACCCAUUGAUUCGUUUGAUCGGUGUUUGGGGUAUCAGACCAGGCACCCAGGGCCCUCAGAUGGCCUUGAGCGGGUUGGCCUAUUACAUCCAACCAUUGAUGUCUUUAUCUGAAGCUCUUCUGGACCCUAUCAAGACCAUUGUCUACGUCACUUUUGUUCUUGGUUCAUGUGCAGUGUUUUCCAAGACUUGGAUUGAAAUCUCCGGCACUUCCCCACGUGACAUUGCCAAACAGUUCAAAGAUCAAGGCAUGGUCAUCAAUGGUAAGAGAGAAACCUCCAUCUACAGAGAAUUAAAGAAGAUCAUCCCCACCGCUGCUGCCUUCGGUGGUGCCACCAUUGGGGCCCUUUCUGUUGGCUCUGACUUGUUAGGUACUUUGGGUUCUGGGGCAUCCAUUUUGAUGGCCACCACUACUAUCUACGGCUACUACGAAGCAGCUGCCAAAGAAGGUGGGUUUACUAAGAACCUCGUCCCAGGGUUUUCUGAUUUGAUGUGA